GCUUCUUGACUAUGUGGGACAGACCUCUUCGGGACUGUAUGAGAAAGACCACGCCGGACGUCCACGAUGGUGAGGAGUCAGGCACGAGUGUUCAAGGACGUCGGGGAGGAUGAGAACCGCAAGGCGAAGAAGAAGUGUUGCGUGUACAAGUACAUCCGCGUGGGACAGACACUUAGCGAGCGGUUCUGUGAGAAUCGCAUGUUGAAGUGCCUUUUUUGCGGCCACGAAUUCCAGGGCAACCAGUUCGUGUCGGGGCGCCAUUUCCGGCAGGGUAAGGGAUGUUUGACAGUGACCGAUGAGGCGCUUGUCGACAUACACUACAACACCGAGUGCAAGCUGGAUGGGAAGAUCCUUGAGCGGAUGCGUCGGUUUGAGGAGCUUCACGGUCCGGCGUUUGCGAUGGAUCUGUGCUGGGACGAGGGAUGGGUGGGAGAGAUGGAGUUCAAGAAGAGGUGGCUGAGGUUUGUCUACAGUCAACGUCUGUCGUUCAACAUCUUCCGGAGCGAGCCGUGGUUGGACGUCGUCCGACACUUCAGGGAAUUGUCGGGGCCACUGAAGGUUUUGUGGCCUUCGGAGAAUGAGAUUGCAGACAUAGAGACAAUUGUCCACAUGGCGGACGAUGUGGCGGCUAAUCUCGCGGAGGUCAGGGCUCCUUUCUAUGUCACGGGGGCCACCAUCAUGUCGGACGAGAGGAAUUGGACCGUCCACGAGGGUGUACAGACGAAGAAGCAUAACCGACUUGAGUUUGAGAAGGUUGCGAAGUUGGUUGAGAUCUCAGCCAACGUCCUCCUUCUCUCUCCUCCGUGGGCAGGCCUCGAGUUUGCGUUGUCGUGGACUCUAAAUGAGUCCUUGUUGGACGUGGAGGGAGGCAUUGGGACUCGCCGCUCGUGGAAGGGGACAAGAGACAGCAGUACGCAGGAGGAGCUCGAGUGUCAGAGACGUUCGUGGCAGCGAGACCCGUGUGGGUCGAGAGCUCCUCCGAGUGAGGUUGCAGAUGUUUUUCGGACUCGAGGUGCCACAUUGCGCCCGUACCCCAGAGACGACGACAAUGAUUACGAGGGUCGGGAGCAGGAGGACGAGCGGGCGGGCCCCACUACUUCCAGUCAAGCUGCACAGGAGGCUGAUGAGUGGAGCGACCCGGAGGACGUCCGUAGACGGAGUGGUGGGGAUGACUUUUUCGGUGGAGUUGAUUUGCAGGGUGAGGAGGAGUUAUGGUGUCCUUAUGGGAGCCCCGUUGAGCGACAGAGGCCUACGUCACCUGGCCUGUGAUCUGCCAAGCGAGAGAGAGUGCAUGGAUCUGCACCUUCGAGGGGGGUAGAGUCGGGUUGUGGUGGUGGUGCCCCUGGCCAGCUUGUGUC